AUGCCGGGUGGGCGGCGUGUCUCGUUCUACGGGCACGUGCACCCCCACCGAGGUCGAUGCCGGGUGACCGUUGUGUCGUUCUGCGGCGCGUAUACCGAAGACUGGGCGAUGUUGGUCGACCGGGCGUAUAAGCUCCAAGAGGCCACAGAAGGUCUAGAAGACGCGUACAGUGCAGGAAGCACUGCGUGCGUGUUCUUGCCCCCCGGCAGCAGCCUGUUUGGCUUGCAUGCACCGAAUACCGAAGAUGAAGAUGCAAAAAAACGCAACGAAUGUUGGUGUUUUGCGCUGUAUGGCGCAUUGCAAGAAUUCGGCUGCCGGUGGUUUGCAGAAUGGUGCAAACAGAUGCUCAAGGCGGUCGAGAACGGCCAUACCCUGGUGGUUGUCUUUAAGGCAUCCCAGAAAGGCGAAGGCAUGGACGUGGAAUGGCCACCGCGGAUUGCCUGCACGGCUGCAAACAGAGGCCUGCCCGGUCUCGGGGUGUCCCAAAGGGGUGAAGUUGCCUACAUGAAGAAGUUAGGCAGUAAGUUAGGCUUCACCCUGGAGAUGGAGGACAUCCACGAGUUCCGGCAGAGGUUCCUAGGGGAACUGAAGGCGGAGCAAAGCGUGCGGGCAGAGCGAGGUGAGGCGGAGCAAGACGAGCUGAACCUUCAGGUGGAACAGCUGGAGCUAGAGCUGCAGCUGAAAGACCUGAAGGUCACGGAGGAGAAGGAGAAGGCUGAAGAAAAGCUGAAGAAAGUAAAGG